UUCUGACAUAAUAUUUGACAUCACACAGGGGUUUCCCAAAUCAUGUGCCUGUGAGCAGAAAAUACAUGAAAACAGUUUGCACAAGCGUUUCCUCUUCACAGAAUCUACUCUGAACACAAGUCUUAUCUACACUUUGAACUGCGCUUGGCAGUUUGCCUUCUAGCUGAUGUUAUUGCGCUACAAAGACAUUUCUAGCUUGACGAUUAAGCUAAUCGUCUGUCGAGUCUCGAUCACCCCAGAGCAACGUUGACGUUCAGAGCUACCAACUCGUACCGUACAGCUGCUGUCUUUCAAUGUCCUGCUGGUGUUAGACCGGCGAUAUAACAUACCGUGUGUCACACGCAAGACAGGUCGUAUUGGGCUUUGACAGGUGAAGAAAGUGUGGCAAGACGACAAGACAGAGUUGUCUUCAAUGAAAACUGUGACUGAUGAGAUGAACACAUGAUCGGUAUUGUGUGAGCCGCGCCAGGGUGAGUGACGGAGAGUUGAGAUCAGGAGACAAGGAUGAUACGAGGAUAUGAAGAUCCCGCUGAGAAGCCAUUGUUCGGGGAACCCAGGCCGGUGGACCGGGUGUUGAAUCUUGUGGUCGGUUCAUUUACUGGUUUAGUGGUUUUGGUGACUUUAGUUGGUGCUAUUGCAGCCAAAUGGCCCCCUAAUGGAGUGAAUGUCUUCUUUGCCUGUGCGAUUGUCCUUAUUUGUGGAUCCCACUUGGUGUUGAUUUACUGGUACCGUCAAGGGGACCUAGAGCCAAGGUUCCGAUCGAUGAUUUACUACAACGCCUUCAGCAUAAUUCUGUUGUGUGUGUGUGGCAAUCUGUAUAUAUAUGGGAUAGGAUGCAAGAAGUGACGACGAGCGGGGAUACAUGGCGGUGUUGCCAUGUCAACCACUGGAUCAACAAGGGAUUCUCCAUCAUUGGCCAGUGUGGUGCAGUUGAAGGAACAUGUCAGUUUGUGAGACUCUCACUGGCUGAUAAAGAUGGGUUGGGGUUGUAGGGGUGGGGGGUGAAAAGCAACCCCUGUUUUCAGUCAACUUGACAACCUGAUGGUGUGUUAUUCUUUCUUCUUCAAAGGGGCGGUCGGGUAGCCUUGUGGUUAAAGCAUUUGCUCGUCACGCCGAAGACCCUACAUAGGUACAAUGUGUGAAGCCCAUUUCUGGUGUCCCCCCUCACUGGACCAACUAUGAGAGGUGGUGACCUGUGUCUGUUAUUAGUCAAGUAAUGAAUUGAGGCCCGAAUUAAAGUCAAAUGAUCCUAAAUAGGGCUGUAACGAUUCAAGAUACCUACGAUAUCAUCGAUAGUUAGGUACACACGUCAGAUUGUAAGAUCGCGAUACGCUAUCACUAGAACAGUAUAGAGUUACCUCCCAUUAUGGCAGAAGUAGCACAGCGCCACCUGUAGGCAUGGCAGAACACAAGGAGUGGUAGCUGAGACGAGGACUAACUGCUACAUUUAAUAACCAUCCCUUCAUUUAAAACUGUUUUGUUCUUGUGGUUUUCUUUGUUCAAGUUUUUUAGAUGUCAAUACAUAAAUGUAUGAACAAAGAGGCUUUAAAGCUGUAUUUCAGUGAUUUCAUCAUUUCUUACUAUUUGAUGUGGUUUGUUGUGAUACCAGUAGUAUCCUCAGUCCAUGUCGUGAUGCAAAUUGUAUCGCAACAUACAAAGUAAUACUCAGCUCGAAUCCUAACUGUGUGCAUGAAUUUUGUAUGAACUGAACCUUUGCCGGAUAUUGAACAAGAAAUGUUUAGAAUAGAUAGCCACAAGACUGUGAAUACAUGUAUUGCUGUUUGUCCAACGUAUUCUUAGUGCUAAUUGGUCUGAACACACGUAAGCUUCCCUCCAAAUUAGCGACCUCACUGCAUCACAUGCACAGAUGAUGGAAAUAUGAACUUAUUGA